CGGUAGAGCCAGUCAUGUUGAAACCUGUGUACACAGCACUCUGCCGCAGACCACCAGACAGCACGUCACAUAGCUGAAGAGAACCUAGGCUCUCCUGGACAAGUAACGUAAUGGAAAAAUAUUGACUGGGUUUAAUAAGAUGGGAUUAAUGCAAAUGGAUGACUAUAUUAAGAGCCCUCUGAUGUCUGGGAGCCAUUGAACAGAGAGCACAGAAUUGGGUUUUGGCUGCAUUCCUCCCUCCAGCUCCAAGAUGACCUCUUCCGAAACGUGAAUCUGGAUGUCAACCCUGAGGUCCCAGCCUGCGGUCCAGCACACAGUAAACUGUAACAUGGAGCUGGUCCAGGUGGAGUUUGAGUACGAGUACACAGCCAGGAACGGUUCUCGGGUUUCCAUCAAACCCAAUGAGAGGUACAUCCUGGUCUCCAGGACUAACGAACACUGGUGGCAUGUCCAGAAGGACCAGAAAACCAGGCCCUUCUACAUACCUGCAAAGUAUGUGAAGGGUCUGUCGGUGGAGUCCCAAGGACCAAAGGACCUCACCAAUCCUCGUGCUCGGAGUUGGACUACCCCCCAGGCAAUGGCAGACAGAGACCCAGUGGACCUGUCUGACAGAGGUCCAAUGUCGGCCACCGUGUCCGCAAAAGUCCGUGUGGCCCAGGAUCCCUCCGCAAGAUCACUCUCCACUCACAGGAUGUCCACGUUUAGUACCCCACGGGUCAUCGACGAUAUCAAGCAUCAUGAACGCAUGAAGAUAAUGGUCGGACUGCAGACCUCAAGCAGCGGGACCAGGGAUACCCCGCCACAUCUGAAGAGGUGUAGCUUAGAUCCAGGUUACUCACUGGCUCCAGAUCUUGGUGAUUUGCUGCAGUUCCCUCCACCACCACCUAUUGAUGAUUCAGUUGAACAGCAGAACUCAGAGGAAUGGAGGAAAACACUGCCCGGGCAUCCUAGUGGGCAGUCUAAUUCAGCUCAGGAUUCGGAUAUCCAUCAGGCUGUAUCAACUACACAGCACUCCGAGUUAACAGACUUGAUAGAGACAAAAUUAUCUGAAUUUUGUCUGAAACAGAGCCUGAAUCACACGUCUGGUCCGAUUGAUGUUAAAGCCCCUUCUCACACAGAUCAGGUCGUGAAGGAGAGUGCCCAGAAUGCAGUGUAUGUAAAUGUAGCAGAACUCCGCAGUAGCAUCGCCGAGCCUCCUCGUUCCUCUUCUCCUCCGUUCUCCUCUCUUCCGUGCCGGAACGCCGAGGGAUGGGAGGUGCACACUGACCAGGAGAGUGGACAGGAGUACUACUACCACCCCGCGUCGGGGCAGACCACUUGGGACAACCCACUGCUCCUCCACAUGGACCCCGAGCCUCCCGGCGAGGAGCCAGCCUGCCCCCCCCCACCCUUCUCCCCGGCCGCGUCGUCUGCCUCGACCUCGCCCCCCACGUGGACCUUGGACUGGGAGGAGUGUUUGGAUGAGGUCAGCGGGCGAACGUACUUCUACAACCCGGUAUCGGGAGAGUCGUCGUGGGAUGCCCCGGAGCCUCUGUCUCCAUACCCCACUGUGAUUGGGCUUCUGAGUGGGCACACGCCCCAUGGGGAGGAGCCGCCUCCCUUCCCUGAGGAAGACUACCCAGCAGAUGAAUACCUGGACCUAGCUGAGGCACCAGAACCCCAUGAAAAGCUGUAUCCUCACUCCUUCCCCAAGGACUACAACCCCAGCCAUGUGACCCAGUCGGUCCUCCCCCGUGCCAGCCUGGACAGGAGCGCCCCGACAGGCUGGAAUCUCAGCAUCGACCCCGAUGGAACCUGGGUGUUCUCCAGCCAGCACUCACCUGAGCAGUGGAUCAAAUCGCUGGAUGACAGAGGACAGACGUACUACUACCUGAGAGACGGCUCCAAGUCCGAGUGGAACCUGCCUGAGGCUCCUGUAGCACCGAGCCAGUCCAACAUGGGGAACGGUUAUGGGUUGGAUGAGGUCUCUGCCGUGAAGAACUGGAGACACACCAUCGGUCCAGCUAACCUGUGCUUAGCCACGGAGGAGAGGAAGUCCUUCUCGACUCACAGAAGAAACCUCUCCGACAACGGCAGUGAGGGUUCCAGUACUGACAACUCCCCCGAGAUGGGCCAGCCCCACGUGCCGACUUUAGAAAAAGCUGGUAUUCUCAACAAAACUAAAGUUUUAGAGAAUGGGAAAAGAGUAAGAAGGAAAAACUGGAUCCAGUCAUGGACAGUUCUGCAUGGAGGAGUUCUGACCUUUCACAAAGAUCCCAAGUCUACAUCCACAGGAGGUUCGUACAAAAGCAACCAUAUUGUCCCUGAGGUCACGGUGGACCUGCGAGGGGCGACGAUUGGGUGGGCUUCCAAGGAUAAAUCCAGCAAGAAAAAUGUAGUAGAGUUGAAGAGCAAAAAUGGCGUUGAGUUUCUAAUACAGUAUGACACUGAGAAUAUAAUCCAGGACUGGUACAAAGUUCUAGGGGAUACCAUUCGACAGCUGGAGAUGGAGUCCCACCACUCUGAGGAGGAGGAUGAGGAUGUCAUUGAGAAGUCUUCCAAUACAGACAGAGAUGAUAGGUCACCGGGCACUGUGGACAAGAGACGAACAUCUUCCAGAACAAACACGGCUAACUCAUCCAGUGGAGAGACGGAUCAGAAGAAGGUUCGGACCAAGCUGAUGAAGUUCCUCAUGAAACGGCCAACCCUGCAGGCCAUCAAGGAGAAGGGUUACAUUCGAGACGGUGUGUUUGGCUGCCACCUGGCACUUCUGUGUGAGAGGGAGGAAACCACAAUCCCCUGCUUUGUGGAGAAAUGUAUAAAAGCAGUGGAAAAGAGAGGUCUGGAGAUGGAUGGACUGUACCGAGUCAGUGGAAACCUAGCUGUCAUUCAGAAACUACGAUUUAAGGCAGACCAUGAGGAGCUAGACCUGGAGGAUGGCCAGUGGGAGGACAUCCAUGUCAUUACAGGGGCUCUGAAGCUAUUCUUCAGGGAGCUUCCAGAACCCCUCUUCCCCUUCAGCCACUUCAGCCGAUUCAUCCAAGCUAUCAGAAUUGUUGAUUACAACCAGAAAGUGUUAUAUAUGCGUGAGCUGGUCGAGUCUCUCCCUCGGCCAAACCAUGAUACCAUGGAACUCCUCUUCAGCCAUUUACUCAAAGUGAUAGAUUAUGGGGAGGAGAACCGUAUGACUGUACAGAACGUGGCUAUUGUCUUCGGCCCCACGCUUCUCCGCCCAGAGAUGGAAUCAAGCAACAUGGCCAUGCACAUGGUUUUUCAGAACCAGAUAGUGGAGCUAAUUCUCAACAAACACAAAUUCAUCUUCAAUUCCAGUUAAACCACUCAUAAGACUUUGUCAAUCAGGGGUCAAAUGUAUGAAUGGUGCGCUUAUGGAAAAAAAAACCACUAUAUCGCAAUAAUGACUGCACUUUUUUCCACUUCUCUGAAGUGAUAAACUUUUUUUUCCUUGUAAUAACAUUUUAUCUUAACAUCCCAAUAACAAUUCAACCGGGGAAGUGUUGAUACUUUGUAUUAUCACGUGGUCAAACAAACACUUUUAAACACAUUUGAAAGAACGGUUCCUAAAAUGUACCAAUGUUACUGAGUUUCUGAAUAGGUCAAUUAGCUUUUAUUUAGUUAAUGUAUGUAACUGUAAUAUAGGAAUGUAUAAAAGAUAUGAUGUGAGUUAGACACUGACCUAUAUUGUACAGCCAUUCUAGAUUUUGUAUUGGUAUAUCAGAUGUAAUUAUUUUUUCUUCUGAAGGCAGAUGUACUGUUAAUUAAAUCUUCAUUGUAAAUGAACAAAUAUAAUGAUUAUGACAUUGGGCUAUUCUAUUUAAUUAUGUUUGCUAGCAUUAAUUGUAGUUAAGAAAGACCAGAGAAAAAUGAAUAAAAUAAAAAUGUUUGUUGUGUACAUAGAAAUAAAUAGCAUAUUUAUGCUGUACAUUACUGCAAA